AGCUCUCUGUUCCCAUUUGUUCAAGCAACAUGAUCGGGUUCGUAAAGAUACUUUCACUUUUCAUAUUUUCUACGACAAUAAAAACAAUAAUACUUUUUUCAUUUAUAUUUUUCAACAACUCGAUUGUUGUGAAAACGAUAUACAACUUUUCGAUGAAAGUUAUUCGCAUAAUCUUUGGAUCGUUUUUAACGAAAAAAAUGUUAUUUUUCUUAAACGGAUAAUUGUGUAAUAAUAUUUAUAAAAAAAAAAUAUACAAACAUUUAUGUAGCAUAAAAUCAUUAUAUAAUAAAGUUUAUCAUAUAUUUUAUAUAACUAAAUUAAACAAUUUGAAACAAAUCUCAAUUACAAAGAUUUCUUCGAAAGAAAAAAGGAAGAAAAAAAAUCGAGCAGAAUAUUUUCAUUUUGAAAAUUUCGAAGCUUUAUGGAAUUUACCGAUUGACGUUAAUAUUUAAUAAUAAUACUCUUCGAUUUCAUCAUAUCCUUAAAUUAAACUCAUCGAGGAAGUUAUCGUAAUAUAUACGUCUUAUAUUUUACAAUUAAUUGCUAUAUCAUAUAUCUAUGAUAAAUAUCAAUCAUUGCUUCAAGAUAGAAAAAAAAAUAUUUUUUUUACUUACAUAAUUUUUUAAAAUAGAAAACGUCACGGUCAUUUUCAUUAUUUCAAAUAAUUGAUUUUCUUUAUCGAAUAUUUUUUAAUUACUUAAAUAGGCAAUAUAUAUAUAUAUAUAUAUAUACAAUAUAUAUAUAUAUAUUCUAUUAUAUUCUAUUAUAAUAUAUAUUGUAUUAAUUUCACGUUACAAUCGAAGCGAUCGACAUGGAAUACGACAUAGAUACAAGUAAAUAUAGUAAAUACGAAGUAAAUACGAUCAGAGCAAUUGUUCGUUUCGUUCAUUUAAAUUAAAGAAAAGAAAAAAAAAAAGAAAAAAGAAAAAAAAAACAAAGGCGAUCAGUUUUUAUCGAGGUUCAGAGGUAAACGUAAACUGUACAAAUAUAAUCACAAUAAAAAAAGAUGUUAUCAACAAAAUAUUUUCCUUACAAAUUGUUUUGGAACCGGACAGUUUCUAACGCAAUUUUUUUCCAUGAAGAUUAAAGAAAAAGAAGCUUCUAAUAUUUGGGAAACGAUCUCUAAUGGAAACUCGUACUUUGGAAGAUACAAAAAGGCUGCAGUGUCCACACACGGUCAAGAAUGCGCCGAGAUAGGUGUCGGCAUGUUAAAUAAAGGUGGAUCGGCAGUCGAUGCGGCUAUUGCCGCGCUCUUAUGCGAGGGUGUUGCAUCUCUACAUAGUAUGGGAUUGGGCGGUGGAUUUUUAAUGACCAUUUGGGAUGCAUCUACGAAAACUGCCGAUUACUUGGAUGCAAGGGAGGUCGCUCCAUCCGAGGCAAACGAGAACAUGUUUCACGGAGAUCCUCAAUUAGCCAUGUUUGGCGGCUUGGCCGUUGCAGUACCGGGCGAACUUCUCGGGUAUUGGGAGGCCCAUAAGAAAUAUGGGAAAUUGAAAUGGUUCGACCUAUUCCAGCCAAUUAUUUCUCUAUGCGGCACUGGAUCUAUCGUGACUAAAUAUUUGGAGUCAUAUUUGAGCAGUAAAGAAUCUUCAAUAAGGGCGGAAAAAUCGUUGGCCGAAAUCCUUAUAAAUCCUACUACCAAUUCGUUGUGGAAGGUAGGCGAUAGAAUAAAAAGACCACGUUUGGCAGAAACGUUAAAAUUGAUCGCGAAUAAUGGGCCCGAUAUAUUUUACAAUGGUAAUAUGACUGAUAAUUUAGUCAAAGAGAUCAGUGCUUUCAAAGGUAUCAUAAAGAGGGAGGAUUUCGUAAAUUAUAAAGUGAAAUGGAAGAAACCGAUUAAAUCAACGAUCGGGAAUUUAACCAUCUAUACAGCACCGCCACCUGGUUCAGGAGCGCUGUUAACUUUUAUUAUGAAUGUUCUCAACGGUACAAUUCCAAAUAAGGACAACAGAAUUACAUGGCAGAAUAUUAUCGAGACAUUUAAAUGGGCUUAUGCUAAAAGAACGAAAUUAGCUGAUCCUGAUUUCACUAACAUUAGUGAGUCGGCAAUUUAUGUUAUCAUUGCAUACUCACUGUUACAUGUGAUAAGUAUACAUACAACCCAAGUAUUUAAUAACUUGACGUCUGUCGAUUAUGCAAAUAUGAUUCGAAAAAAAAUUAAAAUAAACGAGACAAGUAACGAUCCGACUUAUUAUGGUGCUAUUACUGUUCCACCAGACGAUUCAGGAACGUCUCACGUCUCCGUUUUGGCUCCCGAUGGAUCUGCUGUAUCUGUUACAUCAACGAUAAAUCAAGUUUUUGGGGCAAUGAUACGUUCAGAAUCGACUGGCAUAAUAUUUAACGAUGAAAUGGAUGAUUUUAGCUCCCCAAAUAUAACUAAUGCAUUCGGUGUACCACCUUCGCCAGCAAAUUUUAUUAAACCUGGAAAAAGACCUUUGAGUUCUAUGAGCCCGACAAUUGUUGUAGAUGAAGAUGAACAUGUCCGCUUAGUAAUUGGUGCUGCAGGUGGAACUAAAAUCACCACCUCAAUUGCAACAGCAAUGAUAUUAAAUCUUUGGUCAGGAUAUGAUAUAAAACAAGCUGUUGAUGUACCUAGAAUUCAUCAUCAACUAUUACCAAUGAUUGUUCAAUAUGAACAAGGAUUUUCUACAGAUAUAUUAAAUUAUUUAUCGAAUAUUGGACAUAAUAUUACAGCUUAUACGGGGAUUGGUAGUGCAAUUACGGCUAUAUCUAAACAAAAUGGACAAAUAUUUGCUAGUUCGGAUUUUCGAAGAGAAGGAAAAACUGCUGGUUUUUAAACAAUUAUUUAAGUUUUUUUUAUCCAUGAACAAAAUAGCAAAUAAAAUGACUCAGUGCAUAGAUAAGAAAUAAUGUUGCGAUAUAUGCAAGUGAUACGACAUUGUUGUGAUAAAAAAUUAAUUUACCUUUCUAAUAAUGCAAUGCAUAUAAUCGUACGAUCUCGCUAUGAAACUACUGUAACUGUCUCAAAUGAUCGUUGCGAGUCUUAUAAAUGCCGCAUCCUAGUGUAUAUCUAUAUUCUAUAAUAAAUAAUAAUUCUUUAAUCAAAGAAA